GGCCUAGAUUGUUUAUUGUGUUGACGAAAAGCAAUUUCUUUUUCAAAGCUGCUGUUCACUUCCGGGAUCAGUUCAGUGCUCUGUUUGUCGCAUUGUCGCGUUGAGAGUUCAGAGAACUUUUGAGCUGGUAAAACACUUGAACCACGGGGAGAUGGGAGUGUCACGCCCUGGUCGUCGACUGAUCAUUGUCUCUGUUGGACUUGCUUUGAUUUACCUGGCUACCAUCCUUAUAAUCAUUGGCCUCAGCACAAAUAAUUGGAAAGAAAUAUGGGAUGGUAACGUUUACAAUGAUCGAAUUGAGGUGCAUUUUGGACUUCAUCGUGUAUGCUUCUCCGAUGGUGAAAGAUGCACUAACCCAGGGAGCCAUUAUGACCAAUCAGAUUAUCUGCCUAAGGUCCAAGCUCUGGUGAUUGUUGGUGGUUUUUUGUCCAUGUUUAGUGCCAUCUUUUCGUUACUCAACCUGACAACUGAUCGUCUUGGUUGGUCUCAUGUUGGCAUCAUGGCCCCCGCCUCAGUUUGCGCUGUUCUCGCAGGACUGUUUACGACGAUUGGAAUCAUCUUGUACUCCAUAAAAGUGGAGAUCAACAAUGAGUACAUUUCCUUCUAUCGUGACAUUCGCCUAGGAUGGUCCUUUGGUCUGACAACGGUUGCUGUCUGCUUUCUGUAUAUCGGGGGUAUACUGGAGGGCGUCUCAACCAUGAUAAGUCCGCAGCCACAGUUUGAGUAGAGUCUAGGAGGAACUUUCAGAAGGUGCUACAACUGGGUUUUUAGUCAACAUUGUUAUCUUAUGUACCAUGCCUUUUUAUAGUAAACUGCAGGAAACACAUCCCUUUCUUCGAGAAAAUAAUCUACUGAAAUUCAGCAGCAAUUAUACAUGCCUUUGAUUAAGUCAACUUUCUACUAAAAUUUGGCUGCAUGUAAGAUAAGUUUGUUUCCCUUGCAGCUUUGCUUGUGUAGCAAUCUAUGGCUUUGAUCUUUUGAUCUGAAAUGGAAAUAGAAAGAAAUAUGCUAAAUGAAAUUUUAGUUGUAAUGAGAGUCUUCAUAAUCUCUUUUCAGUUUGAUAAUAAUAUCGUGUAAGAUGAGCAAGUGAUUGGAAGGCUAGAUUUUUUAAUCUUAAAAAUUAUUCCAAGUUUGGGGGGGAAAGAAUCAAAAUGGAUUUGAACCAUGUGUAUUGUGGUUCGUGGGUUAGGACCCUCCUACUGCGGCCAGUGAAGACUGUACUAGUGUCUGGUACUUUUGUAUUUUUUCACGAAAUGUGACUGAGUGGUUGUACUGUAUGCAAUAAUCAUUGCAGGUGGUAAAUUUUAGAAUGGUAUACAUUUUUUCAAAUUUUUGUUAACUUAUAUUUUUCCCCUUUAAAAAAAAAA